GGCAGCCCGUGCUUGAUAGCUCGACGGCCUAGCGUGGAACAAGAAGGACGCAUGACAGGUCUUAGCCAUCUUGGCUCAAGCGAGAGGCCCUACUCCAGGCGCAUUCUAGCGAAACGGACUUAGCUUUUAGCCCAGGGCAGUGAUCAUUUCGACCCGAUCAUGUUGGAAGAUCGCGCCUGGCUUAUUGUACUUAUAUCCGUCAAUUUCCUGACACUCGCGAUCAUUAUCUGGCGGUUUCGCGGCUCUGGGCUGUGUGGCGUCUUCCCGCGAUGGAGCUCAGUUUAUGUUCAUUUCAAUGCCACGGCGAAGUGGCUGCUCUUCAUGUCACCACCGCAUCCGUUGCAUCGUCAGUUGAAGGAUAUGGCGGACAAGCGACUCUCUGAGCAAGUGGUCUGGGGAUGCCCUAGGAUACUCUGCUUUGCCUUCUGCUAUAACAUGGUUCAACUGGUCCAGAAUGAUAUGUCCUCAGCGGCGCGCCUCGGCAACAUGACUUUGACUACAUUCCUUAUGGCAGGUACUCUCAAGCCCCGUUUGCUCACCCCUACUGUCGUAUUAUUGUUCCACGUGCUCCUGUAUAUGGUCGUCUGGUACCUUGCGGUCACUGCCGAAGACAACGUCGCUUUCUUGAAAGCCAGCCCAGUGAGAAUAUGCGAACGCAUCGCAGUGAGCAUUGUUCAUUGCAGACCUAGGCUGACUCUUGUUUUGGGUCUUGUGUACGUCGCAGCUGUUUCGCCGGUGUACGAGCCCGCCGACACGCGUCAGGAGUUGAUUGUUUCGCUCCUCAUGUUCGCCGUAACAGCAUCCGUCAGAAAAUCCCGCGACGCUGAGUUUUUGGCAAUGUUGGAGGCGAAAACGUCGCGAAAUGUUGAGUCCACAGCGGGCGGGCUUCUGUCAAGUGUGUGCGACGCGGUGGUGCAUCUGUCGCAAGAUCUUCUGUUCUCAAAGCCAGCCGCACACCUUGCCACACUGCUUCUCAGAUCCCCCACAACUAUGGGUGUCGGUGCCUCAUUUGUUGAUCUAGCCUUCGACGCUUCCGAGAAGGACCGUCUGAUUACAUUCUUGAAGCGGCCAAUGUAUGAUACUAGCACCGUGCACGUUUCUUUAAAAGAUUCAUGGGGCAUGCAGGUAAAAUUUCAGCUAUUCCAUGCCCAGGGCAUUGACAUAGAAGACGAGCCGAUCCACAUAGUGGGUGUGAAGGAAGAUUCAGAUUUUCUUCGGGUGCCGCCUGAGAGCGAGCUUCGCGAUAGGCCAGUGGUCUCGCGUUCCGACGCUUUCGCAGGAAUCUCGGAACAUUCGAUCAGUUUAUCAGGGAGUUUCUCUUCUGGUGUACUGAUCGGUACCAAGUCUGCGGGAAUGACUGUCCACAUCAACCCAGACGUCGACGGUUUGCCUAUUUUGCAUUGCUCCGCCGAGUUCUUGAACCUGAGUGGACCUAUAUGCGAAGGCGCAGGGCUGUUGCAGUGGGUCGUCAAUAAGAGGGCGUUUAUGAAAUGGGCAAUGGUGGCCUACAACAGUAUUAUGGAUGAUCUGGAGUUUGGCGACUGUGCGCAGGAUCAAAAGCCUAGUAUGGAUACAUUCAAUAUCCGUCUCAAGCUGCCUCACAUGGGCUUAGCAGUCCGUGAGAUAUCUGCGAACGCAGUCUUGAGAUUGGACGUCGCAGAGGAUGGGGGCAACGACGUGGCCCCUUCUACACGAGUCCUGCUGGUGCUAGAGGACGUUGUCUGCGUCCGCAGGGGAUCCUCCUCGAGGCGAUGCCAGGAGAGUCGGGAGCUGCCAGCGGCCUUGACGCUGUGACAUGUUGUAGUGACUCAACAGAGUGAGGAGGGAUUGCCAGCCGCUUCCUCCCUCGAGGACAGGACGAGGGGAGGAGGAGAAUCAGGGGUCGCGCUGGGAGGUGCCAAGGCUGCUCGGACACUGAAUUUCGAAAUAUCUCGAUCCCUUUCUGCUGGCGUGUUCCAGGCCUAGGGCGGCAUGUCGACGGGCGCGGGCGCCGCGGUCCGUGUGGUAGCCGCGGUGGCGAGCAGAGAGGGCCGGGAGCCGGGGUUUGGCGGGAGAUGCUUCAUCGCAUCGCCGUCAUCGUGGUGAGAGGAGGCGCCGCGCGCAUUGCGCGCCGGAGAGCGAAGGUGAGCGGGGCUCGUGCCUCGUGGGCGUCAGCGGCCAACGUGGGCCGCGGACCACAAGUUACAUAGGCGUCAGCGGCCAACGUUGGCCGCGGCCAACGUGGUCCCUAGUCCCCAGCUCGUUCCUCUCCUCUUCUCCCCAUCCUCCCCUCGUUUCUAGCAAUUUUCCCGGCAGAGGUGUCUUGGUGAACGAUUUCUAUCUUGCGCGUUAGGGGAUCAAUGCGAGAAGCCUCUGAAUGCUGGCGCUGCUCUCCCGCUCGACCGCCUUCUGGGUGGUGUCGCCGUCCCUCCUUCCUCCGUGUUGCGUCGCUCCUCUGCCUGCUCUCCCUCUGCUCGUCCCUGGGGCUGCUGCCUGGAGUUCGCCCUCAUUUCCACCCCCUCGUCGCGGUCGCUCCCUGACGCUUGUGUUGUUUUUUGGGCAUCCGACCACGCCUUCACAACUGCAGCGUGAGCUCGAAGAGGCGGAAGCAGCGUCAUCGUGCCUGCCUUGUGUCUCCUGCCUAAGAACAACUCUGCACUAGAGCGGGGAGUCCGCACUGGCUCCCAUGCCGCACUGCCUCCAUCGUGUCCCCGCCCCUCUCUGCGUCUUUGCGAUCUCCGUCUUGGACGCCCCCGAGGGGCUGGAGGAGGAAUGCCGUGGGUGCCGUCCCGCGCCGCGAGGUCGAGCAGCGUUCACGCGCCCACUGUCUGCACGCGCUCGUUGUAUUGUAAAGUAUCCGCUGCUCUGCGUUUGUUGUCCGGGGCGCACCGGAGGCUACAGAGACGCGCGCUCCCGAGAAACGAACAAGUGAAGAACGCAUGACAGGGUGAAGGCGCUUCAUACGAUUACGGCCGGCAUUCACCAUGCGUGUUGUGUUUUUGGUUGUUUAGAGGAUAAAAGUGAACUCUCGAUAGUCGCGCAUGCGUCAAGGUAGCACGAAUCAUACUCUGGCUAUUCCUGCUGUUUUGUGCAUCGCCAUCUUCCUCUGCUGAGCUUCGUGUCUAGCGUGCCGAUGCAUGCCACUGCCUUCUCUGCCGCAUAUUGCUACCUGGCCCUGGCUUCGAACAGCGAAGUGUCCUCGAGACUCUCUCUCCAAAGGCUCCGAGGCAACCGAUCCCGAGAUGCAGUCCUAAGCCUCGUGCGCAAAAGCUUAUGUUUAUGACGCUUUCCUUUUUAUAGCCUGGCAGAGGGGAGAGACCUAACCCCUCGCUUCUUGUGGCCAUCGCCUUUGGCGCAGUUGCCGUUUGAUCGAGGAGUUGCACCCUGAAGUAAUUCGAAACGUAAGCGCGGGUGCUGGAACCAACA